AUGGACCACGUGCUUCACUGGGAUAACACGAAAUCUGACACGAAUUACGCAUCCCUCGUCGUAGCAUUAGCAUUGACUACAGGAGUAGGAUUCAAUACGCGAUGCAGGCUCCCGGCGCAAGUGAUAGUAAAGUUACCAAAGGCCGUCGGUCCCGCAUUCCCCUGUCCUGCGAGCCCUGUCGCGCCCGAAAGUAGGCCAAUCCCCGCCAUCGAUGCGGUACAGACUGACGGAGAUAGGCUGAAAUGUAAUCGUGAGCAACCCUGUCAAAACUGCACCGUCCGAGGGGAACAGGAUGAAUGCUCGUUCAAGAGAUCAGCAGCCGGAGCGUCGCUCUCAUCACGCGGGCCGAAACAUGGGGAUACCAUGCGCCACCGGAUCGACCAUCUGGAGGGGAUGGUAAAGAGACUGAUUGACCAGCAUCAGAGUGUUUUUCCAUCCAGUAAUGCUUCAUCGGAGGCGACUCAUGUAUAUGGUACCUUGUCUGGCUCGGAAUCAAGCCGCGUUGGUACGACGGUGAUUGACGGGGCUCAUUCCUUCUAUAAACCAACAGAUGAUUGGUACGAUGUGUUACAAGAGGUCAAUGAGCUUAAACAAGCCUGGUGUGAUACACUGGAUGAACCUGAUGUGCAACCGAGUCUUUCAAAUGUCGAUGGCACCAGUCUUCUCUUCGGUCAAGUCGAGCGGGUGGACCUGCCGGUGAUACUAUCGUCUUUGCCGGUCAAAGCAGAGGUCGAUAAACUUGUCCGGUGGUUCUUCGACUAUACGAACUUUCCUCUGGCAAUUCCACCUAUCAUACAUCCCCCUACCUUUAUGCGAGAGUACCACGCCCACUGGAAUGAUCCUUCGAAAACAAGUGUUAUCUGGAUAGGAUUGCUGUUCUCCAUGCUCAGCAUCACCAUGCUCGCGGUCCAGUUCGGCGGGCCACCGGAAUACGCGGCCGUCUCAGACGAAUACUUCCAUCUAUACCGACUACGCACAGCGCAGUGUCUACUAAUGGGCGAUAUCGCAAAGUGCCUACCAUACACCAUCGAGACCCUUCGCUUCAACGCCACCGCCGAACUCAACCGCAACGACGACAACAGCCGUAGUCUGUGGAUUAUGACGGGCGUCCUAGUCCGCGCGGCAGUCAACAUGGGUUAUCACCGCGACCCAGACCAUACCCCGUCCUUGGCGACUCUGCAAGCAGAAUACCGGCGCCGGGUCUGGCUGUCCGUAGAGAGCAUGGAUGAAGUUGCCUCGUUCCUGUCUGGCCUGCCGCGCAUGUUGCCAGCCAUCAAUUCCGAUACGAAGGAGCCGCGGAAUAUCCACGACUGGGAAUUGAAUGAGGGUGUAAGCGAGUUGCCUAUGUCCAGACCACUGUCUGAGCCAACUGCAGCGACUUACAUGAUUGUCAAGGGCCGGGUAUUCCACGGACUAGGCGAGGUCAUCGAUUUCAUCAACGGUCCUGAUGCAAAUAACUAUACACGGGUACUUGAAAUUGACCAGCUUCUGCGUGACCAAAGAGCACAAGUCCCAUCCCAUAUGCGGGUCGACCUGAACCAGGUAGAUCGCAGCUCACUCCAAAUGCCAACCGACUAUUCAACUCUGCAUCUGGUAUGCAUGUACCACCAUGGAAUGUGCACUCUACACCGCAAGUUCAUCCGAAAAGACCGCAGCGACGCGUCUGGGAAUAUCUCGCGUUCGCGAUGUAUUGCCUCGUCUCUAGCACUCAUUGAUUACCAGCAGUUACUCCAGCCGGCGUGGUAUGCAUCUUCGCGGAAUCGCCAGAUGCUCGCGCCAGCUGCGAUGACCCUGCUUCUUGAGUUGGAGUCUCGACGGACGAGUCCGGAAGUAGAUCCCGAGUUUGAGACGCAUACCCUGCUGGAAGCGUUUGAGAAAUCCGUUGCUCUCUGGCAAGAAGCUCCCAGGUCUUGCGAGGAGGCCUGGAAAGUGUGCAGGAUCUUGACCAACAUGCUUCGCAGCUUGAAGACCACCCAGCCCAAUCACCCGAGUCAAUUGCCUCUAGAUAUGAUGGAUUUAGAGCAUUCUGACGGGUUAUUGGAUAUGCCGGACGACAAGGAAAUCGACUGGGCAUGGUGGGACGAAAUCCUUGAGAGUUCCCCACUAUUAAAUGAGCAUAUCACAAUUCGAGAUCUCGGGCAGGGCCCGUAG